GCAAGAAGGGAAACAAUGGAGUGCAAACAAACACUGACAGACAAAGAGUAACACAGAAAGAGAGAACCAAACCAAGAAAAGGUCUUGGUUGGUUCACCCCUUGGCCUUGUUUGUUAUUGUUGCUGGAAAGUUGCUUAGAAGAAGAAGAAAAAACAGAUUUUGAUCGUAUGCGAUGAGCUCACAGGGGCAAGGGAUGGAUGAGGCGGUUCUGGAUGACAUAAUCCGCCGCUUAACAGAGGUCCGAUUGGCCCGACCUGGAAAGCAGGUUCAGCUCUCCGAGUCAGAGAUCAAGCAACUCUGCGUCGCUUCUCGAGACAUCUUCAUUAACCAGCCCAAUUUGCUUGAACUCGAAGCCCCUAUCAAGAUUUGCGGUGAUAUUCAUGGGCAGUACAGUGAUUUGUUAAGGCUAUUUGAGUAUGGGGGUUUGCCUCCUAAAGCAAAUUAUCUCUUUUUGGGGGACUAUGUGGACCGUGGGAAGCAGAGCUUAGAAACCAUAUGUCUUUUGCUUGCAUAUAAAAUCAAAUAUCCAGAAAAUUUUUUCCUAUUGAGGGGGAAUCAUGAGUGUGCUUCCAUUAAUAGGAUUUAUGGGUUUUAUGAUGAAUGUAAGAGAAGGUUUAAUGUGAGGCUUUGGAAAGCCUUCACCGAGUGUUUUAACUGCCUUCCUGUGGCUGCCCUUAUAGAUGAUAAAAUAUUGUGCAUGCAUGGUGGUCUUUCCCCUGAACUCACAAACUUGGAUGAAAUCAGGAAUAUAAUCCGUCCUACUGCAAUUCCCGACACUGGCUUGCUUUGUGAUUUGCUUUGGUCUGAUCCUGGUAGGGAUGUGAAGGGUUGGGGAAUGAAUGACAGAGGAGUGUCCUACACCUUUGGCCCUGAUAAGGUGGCUGAAUUUUUGACGAAACAUGACUUGGAUCUCAUUUGUCGUGCUCAUCAGGUUGUAGAGGAUGGGUAUGAAUUCUUCGCUGACAGGCAACUUGUUACAAUAUUUUCAGCUCCAAACUAUUGUGGUGAAUUUGACAAUGCUGGUGCAAUGAUGAGUGUGGAUGAUAACUUGAUGUGCUCUUUUCAGAUUCUCAAGCCUGCAGAGAAAAAAACAAAGUUUGUGAUGUCAAACAAGAUAUGAUGGUUUGCACAUUAAUGUCACACUGUCACAUAAUUAACCAAGGUGCAGAUGUAUUCACGGGGUUAUAUUUAAAUGCUGAAGAUUCCAUGGUCUUAUGUUCUAUCUAUUCUGAGGUGAUGGUGAUGGACGAGCAAAUUUACUGCUAGAACAUCCAGUCAUGCAUUGAGCGUGAAGUACUAUAAGAGAUAUUUGGCGCUGCCGGGUGGCCACAAAAGCAAAGGCUUUUAUCUUCAUUUUCUUUUUGUUGUUUCAUAAUUAUUCUACGACACAGUAUGUACAUAUAUGUGUUGGAUAUUGUGGAAAUGACCUUUGCUCAGAAAGGUUCUCUUAGACUAUAAAUUUACUCUGAUAGAGCAGUAUGUGUUGGUGAUUCUGGCCAAUUUUAUUCAGUUAGUAAAGGUGAAAUUGCUUGGAUU